CCAACACCCACACACCCACCACACACACACGACAACCACAACCACAACCACAUAAACCACCAUUCCUCCCAACCUGUACAAACGCCAGUCUUUCUUCCUCCAUUACCUCAAGCUCGAGCUUAUGCGGCACUUUAGCAUCGCCAGCACCUGAAACUCUGUUUGAUUGAUACUCCAAAAGCCCAAACCUACCGGAACCGUUCACCAUGGGAGACCAAGAGGAGGACUUUAGCUCACUCCCGCUUCCCGACCGAUUCGCUCAUAAGAACUGGAAGGUGCGAAAAGAGGGUUAUGAGGCCGCUGCAAAGGAGUUUAGUCUCGCUGCUAGCGAAUCAGACCCUGUUGUUCGACAAUUUAUCAACGAUUCAGGUAUCUGGAAGGGUGUGGUAGGCGAUUCAAAUGUGGCAGCACAGCAAGAAGGGUUGGGCGCACUCUGUGCGUUCCUUGACAUUGCAGGAGCAGCAGGUUCGACAAGAACACGGAAUGUCACCAUUGCUACGAUUGCCGAGAAGGGACUCCCCUCGACGAGACCAGCAGCCAAGCAAAAGGCAGUAGAGGCGUUGAUGCUCUACAUUGAGACGGACAAGCCAGAUCCUGUAAUCGAGGAACUCCUUCCCAUACUCUCUCACAAGCAACCAAAGGUCAUUGCGGCAACACUAGACGCGUUAACACAAAUCUACCAUGCCUACGGUUGUAAGACGGUCGAGCCAAAGCCAGUCCUCAAAGCUCUACCCAAGGUCUACGGCCACGCCGACAAGAACGUGCGAGCAAAGGCACAAGAACUCACGGUCGAAUUCUACAGAUGGUUGAAGGAAGCCAUGAAGCCAUUGUUUUGGAACGACCUCAAGCCUGUUCAGCAACAAGACUUGGACAAGCUUUUCGAGAAAGUCAAAGACGAGCCGCCUCCAAAGCAGGAGCGAUUACUACGAUCGCAGCAAGCCGCGAAAGAAUCCGCCGCUGCAGCCGGUGGCGAUGGCGAUGAAUAUGGCGAAGAGGAGGAAGAGGCCGCGAUCGAUCUUGAGCCUGAGUAUGAAGCAGUCGACGUGUUCCCGAAGAUACCGAAGGACUAUAACGAGAGGCUCGCAUCCAGCAAGUGGAAAGAUCGAAAAGAAGCCUUAGAAGAAGUACAGAAAGCCCUCAACCACCCCAGGAUUGCCGAAGGUCCUUUUGACGAGUUACUACGAGGAUUUGCGAAGAGUAUGAAGGACGCCAACAUUGCCGUCGUCUCGACGGCGGCUAAUUGUGUUGAACUUCUUGCUAAGGGACUCCGCAAAAGCUUCGCCAAGUACCGAUCCGUCAUCAUGAACCCAAUGAUGGAAAGACUCAAGGAAAAGAAGCAGUCUGUUACCGAUGCCAUUGGUGGCGCUUUGGAUGCCGUGUUUGCAUCUACUAGUCUACAAGAAUGCUUGGAGGAGAUUCUGGAGUUCCUGAAACACAAAAACCCGCAAGUCAAAUUGGAGUCCACGCGGUUCCUUGUGAGAUGCCUGAAGACGACAAGGGAAGCGCCGUCUGCAGCUGAGGUCAAAACCAUUAGCGAUGCUGCGAUCAAACUAUUGACAGAAUCACAAGAGGUGCAACGAUCGGCAGGUGCAGAAGUCUUGGGAACUCUAUGGAAAAUCAUGGGUGACCGCAUCAUGAAUGCCCAUCUGGAUGGUCUUGAUGAGAUUCGCAAGAGCAAGAUCAAGGAGUUCUAUGAGGCGGCUGAGGUCAAAGCUAAAUUCAAACCAAAGGCUGCUGCUCCACCUCCCAAGCCAGCUGCAGCCCCGGCCGGAAAACGACCAGCGCCUGGUAAGAGACCGCCAGCAAAGAAGCCCGCGCCUGUUGCUGCCGCUGCUCCGCCUCCGCAGGAAGAGCCUGCUGCACCUUUGGCCCCGAAACCGACCUCUCGACCAGGCGCAUCUAAGUUGGGCGCGCCAAAAACUGGUCUCGCGGCACCAUCAAGAUUGGGGGGACUCAAGAAACCUGGGUCUGGUCUCGCUGCCCCCUCUCCAAGGCGCCCAGUAGCAUCUCCACCUCCUGAGGAGGAGUUUGCUCCCCCACCCGCGCAGCCUAAACUAGGAUUGACCCCCGGACGAGGCCUCGCUGGUCGUCCAUUAGGGAAACCUAUGGCGGAGCCCGCUCCUGCUCCUGUCGCAGCGCCUACGGGACUCAGUUUAGUCGAGCGAGCUGAGCUGGACGAGUUGAGGGCGGAGGUAGAGAGGCUUCGCAGGCAGAAUGAGGAGGUUCGAGCGGAACGCACAAAGCUGACCUCCCAAAUCCACGAGUUGCAGAACCAGAAUGCUCAGCUUAUCGAAGAUCACACGCGUGAUGUGCUUUCUAUAAAAGCUAAGGAAACCCAACUGGUUCGUGCGCGCAGCGACUACGAAGCUGCGGAGCAGACUGUACAAAACCAACGUCGCGAGAAUGAUCGACUGAAACGCGAGCUUAGCCGUCAAGUUCGUGCCACCAGCCCGCCGCCUACGGAUCUUUCUGAACAGAUUUAUGCCGACUCUACCGGAGGUCCCGGACGCUUUGGCGACUCUGGCUACGGCAGCACUGGUCUUCACGGGGCCCGUAACAGAAGUAUUGUCAGCCAACCGACUAGUCCUGGGCUCGAAGGUAAGGAGAACUUCGAUUCCCUUUCUGGAAGCGCUUUGGGCGGAAAACUGAGCCCUUUGCGUGUAGGAGCUGGCUCUUCGAAGUCGUCGAUUUCCUCGCGAGGUGGUCGGGCAAGCCCUGCGGAGAGUGGAAUAAGCGGAUUCGGAAGCCUGGGGGGUUCGCAAGCAAACAAUGGUGCAGAGAGCUGGAAGCGUGCGGCUGAGGUGACACAAAACCUCAAGCAAAGAAUCGAGAUGAUGAAGGCUAAACAAGGGCUUGGCCGGUUACAACAAUAGACCCUGAAUAAUGCACUCUCCAUUGUGCCGCAUAACGCAACAUUGCCAGCGCCAUGUGGCACGUAACAUCGGGAAUUCCCAAUGCAGAGGCAACAUGCACGACAUUCGCAGCAUCGGCCUUCGGUGCGGCUUAACACCGCCUUUCAUGGUUUUCCUGUAUAUUUGCUUUCGAUACCUUUCAAGCGGACAUCUGUGUACGCUCGUUCUUGAUGGCAUUUAUGUGGCGUUCGGGUUGGUUUCUUUACUCUGGAUCUGGGUGGACCGGUCAGGAAAAGGAACUGGACGGAAGUGGGAUGAUGACGAUGAGCUUGAUACCAAGUAGAUUACCUUUUUCUCACCCGUUGGCCCUUGGUUGAUGGGCCAGCAUCUUUCUAGAUGAGCCACCAUAACGUUGUGUAGGUGAGCUUUUAGCCAUAUCGCAUAAUCUUUGAGUGGACAAUGAUGCGAACAUAAUACCAAUCUUACUCCACAUCGU